AUGGGUAGUAUUGUACUAAGCAUAAUUAUAAUUAUUCUUGGGGUGGAGCUUGUAAUUGGGAAUCUGGGCAAUGGAUUCAUAGCACUGGUCAACAUCAUUGACUGGGUCAACAGAACAAAGAUUUCUUCAGUUGAUCAACUCCUCACUGCUUUGGCAAUCUCCAGAAUUGCCCUGCUCUGGGUAACAUUCCUAAAUCAGUUGCUUUCUGUGCUUUCUCCAACUGUGUUUUGGUCUGUAGAAAUAAUGAAAAUGGCUAAUAUUAUCUGGCUAGCAAGCAAUCAUUUUCAAAUGUGGCUUGCUACAGACCUCAGCAUCUUUUAUUUUCUGAAGAUAGCCAAUUUUUCUAACUCUACUUUUCACUACCUAAAGUGGAGAGUUGAAAAGGUGAUCUCAGGGACACUGCUGGUGUCUUUGGUCCUUUUGUUUUUAAGUAUUGACCUCAUAAACACACAUACUGAUUUCUCGAUUGUUGAGUAUACAAGAACCACAACUGUCAAUUCCAGUUCAAAUGAAUCCUUAUACUCUCCCAAGCAUUUUUUACUCAGCUACAUGAUGAUCACAACCAUACCCUUUAUCAUAUCCCUGACAGCUUUCCUCCUGCUUAUCUUCUCCCUGUGGAGACAUCUCCAGAAGAUGCAGUUCAGUUCCAUCGGGUCCAGGGAUGCCAGCACCGAGGCCCACUUGCGAGGCGUGCAGUCUGUGGUUGCCUUCCUGCUGUUAUAUGCAGUUUUCUUUCUGUUUCUUGUCAUGCAGCUUUUUAUUUAUUGGUUGCAGCACGAAGUUGUGAUCACUAUGCUUUGCCAUGUUUUUACACUGGCUUUUCCUUCAGGCCACACAUGUGUCUUGAUUCUGCAAAACAAGAAGCUGAGGCAGGCCUCUCUGUCUGCAUUACGGUGUCUGAAGUGCAGCUUCAAAGGUGCAGAAACCUCAUUUCCUUCUACUAGUUAG